GGUUUAUCAGAAACGAAUGGCUGGCAGGGGAAUGAAGAUGUUGGGGAACCAGUAAAAGAAAAGCUCUUGUAAUAAAUAAAUAUGGCGCCCAAGAAGGAGAUGUGCCCUUUAGCAUAAAGAUUUAAGGAAAAAGAGUCGAAAUGGAAGCACUGCUACCAUCAUGUACCGCGAUGAGAUCCUCGCAGCGUUGUCUUCCUGUUGUGCCCACAGAAACGUACAGAAGAAGAAAAGCAAGUGGUUGGAGCUGUGAAAGUCAGUUAUCAACUGAUCAUCAGGUGCCAUUAGAAAUGCAGGCUUGGACUUAUGCAGAGUAUGGAAGCGUCGAUGUUUUGAAGCUGGAAUCAGAUGUGAGAGUGCCGGAGAUGAAGGAGGAUCAGGUGCUCGUCAAAGUGGCUGCUGCUGCUCUCAAUCCGGUUGAUUUCAAACGCAGGCUGGGCAAGUUCAAAGCCACUGAUUCCCCUCUACCCACUGUGCCUGGGUAUGAUGUUGCUGGAGUAGUAGUAGGAGUUGGUAGUCAAGUAAAAGGCCUAAAAACAGGUGAUGAGGUUUAUGGGAACAUAAACGAGAAAGCAUUGGAAGGGCUGAAGCAGUUUGGUUCCUUAGGUCAGUACACUGCAGUUGAGGAGAAGCUGUUGGCUUUGAAGCCGAAGAACCUGUCUUUUCCACAAGCUGCUUCUCUUCCUCUUGCAAUAGAGACUGCUUAUGAAGGUCUUGAAAGGGUCGGGUUCUCCGCCAGGAAAUCUUUACUUGUUUUGGGCGGUGCAGGAGGCGUUGGAUCUCUUGUGAUUCAGCUUGCCAAGAAUGUAUUUGGUGCUUCAAAAGUAGCGGCAACAUCAAGCACCGGAAAAUUGGAGUUGUUGAAAAACUUAGGUGCUGAUUUGUCUAUUGACUACACAAAGCAGAACUUUGAAGAGUUACCAUACAAGUUUGAUGUCAUCUAUGAUACAGUUGGGCAGGGAGAACGGGCAGUUAAUGCGGUGAAGGAAGGAGGAAGCAUAGUGGUACUAACCGGUGCAGUCAAACCUCCCGGAUUCAGGUUUGUAGUUACUUCAAAGGGGGAAGUGCUGAAAAAACUAGCACCAUUCCUUGAAAGUGGGAAGGUGAAGCCGGUAAUUGACCCCAAAGGUCCCUUUGGAUUUGACCAGGUUGUGGAUGCAUUUUCGCACCUCCAAACUGGGCAUGCUGCAGGGAAAGUUGUCAUACAUCCCAUUCCAUAAGGGAGCUCGAGUAUGUUAUUGCCAAUUGGUAGUGGACACCACUGUAGUCAUGGUUUUUGAGUGGAAAUGAGACCGCGACUAGUCAGCUUGAUUCCAAUUACACUGGGGGAUUAAUGAGGUCUAGCUUGGUCCUUGACGGCUAUUCCAUUUGUUUUGUAUUGCAAUGGCCAAAUGGCUUUGAGGGCAUGCCAACAACAUCCCCAUUGGAGAGUAGUGAGGUAUUUUUUUUUGCAUUGGUAACAAAGAAAAUCGUAUGUCCGAAUCAUUAUUGUACAAUGUACAUAGUGUUUUACACAUAUUUAGCUUUUGUUUUUUUAAUUCAAUUUUCCAGAUUAGAACCUUUGGAAACGCUUUCCAUCAUUUGCAAUGGAGCC